CAUGCUUUGGGACAGGAGAUGCACGGAGAAAUGUUAUUAUCAACUCUAAUAACUGUGUCAAUACCUGAACAUUUCAACAAUGCUCGCCCGGACCGGUAUGCUAUGCAAUCGGCAAUCGCAACUCUCGUUGGUAGCCUCCCGCUGCGCCUUUAGAGGGCUUUCACAAGGAGCAAACCCAUCGGGAUCUGAACCAGGGAAGCUCCCAGCAGCAUCACAACCAGACGACGACGCGCCAAGCACAUCGGCCGCGGCAUCCGUGGGCUGGCUCCGAGGGCCGGAGCAGAACAAGCCGCGCAAGCUGGUGUUUGAUGAGUGGGAGGAGGUGCGGGACCCAGCCACCGGAGACGUGGCGUGGAGGAGCAUCCUCACAGGGGAGAAGACCGUGCCGGGCGUGCCCCAACCCGACACGUGGACCGAGGUGGUGGACAAGAAGACGGGGCUGCUCUACUACUGGUGCCGGCGGACAGGCGAGACCACGGCCUUUGGGGAGCCCAAGCCGGGGCCGUACGGCCGCAAGGCGCAGCUGGAUCCGGAGGAGUUGGAGGAGGCCACGGGGCAGGGGGUGGGGGCACGGGGAGGCAGCGGCGGGGGAGCGGGUACGGCACGCGCCGGGCGCGAGAGCGGCGGCGGGCCCAGCCUGAUGCGGCUGGUGACCAACCCGCUGGUGUUGGGUGUGAGCGCGCUGGCUCUUGCUGGCAUUGCCUAUGAGAACAUUUUCAAAUAGAUAACGUAGUUGGGAGUUGUAAGGGAUGGAGGUUUGGGUGUUGAUCGGAGUGAAAAGGAUUUGUUUGGUUUGGGGGAAUGCUAAGUGGAGACUGCGAGGCGGGUGGGGGCGCGAUCGUGGGCAUUGCAGGGUUGAGGUGUUGAGUGUGCGGCAACUUGUGUACGGUAUUGUGUGUGGUUGCUGUCCAAGAGAGGCGGGUGGAGGCGGGUGGCCCCCGUGCCGUCCCCCUGCCUUGCGCCUUACUAAACUUACUUGCUAUCAUCGAAACGCACGCAAUACAACGUGAGUAUGUAACAACGAGUUUCGUCCUCUCUCCCCUCAAUCCGUGAACGUGCGUGUUUGUGGUGCGCUAAGACUCGAUUAGGAGCAGGGGUAGCCGCGAGGUAUGCAGCACCCAUGAUAGCAACAUCAGAUCAACUACUUACUCAUCACGGGAACCUACGAGCCGUGUGCGAGCAUGAUGCAUGUGCCUGCUUCUCAAUGUUCUCAUGCUCGAGCAUACAUGUCGUCUCCAUGCAUUUGGACUAUCUACACACAUUGUGAUGACAGCGUCAUGUGACUCGAUCGGGCGCAAAUGCACGGUGUCAUGUGAAGAUCUUCUAGGUUAGGUUCAUUCGUAGACCAUCUCAGCUCGGCAACAUACUGGACUGCCAGCCAACCGGCGCACCGACUGUCCCCUGGAUCCCUGAAGGCCUGAACACCAGCUACUCGUCGGUCGAUCGGUUCAUGCAUGCAUGCGGCCACGCACCCAACUAACCAACUUCAACGCCUCUCUCACAAUAAUCUC